ACACAAACCACCAUGCCACCGCGGAAUCCACCCACUAUUUUGCACUGUUUGUUUUUAGUUCCCUUUAAAAUGCCGCGGCCGGCGCGGCGCAUCCGGCUGCGUACCGGCCCCCUUUUCCACCCACCCGCCCACCCCUCGUUUCCUGCAAUUCGCCGCCAUCGUUCGCUGAACUUGAGCGCGUCUGCCGCCUGCCACCACCGCUCUCUGCCUCUCUGCUGCUCUGUUCUUUCUCCCGCCGGGGCAGAGGAGGGCGGGGAGGCCCGUUGAGCGAGCCUCGGUCGGUAUGGGGAUCUGCGCCUCGUCCAAGCGCGUGCGGCAGGAGGAGCAGGACUCCGACGAGAACGUGGUGUACGUGAUGGACGAGCAGGGCGGCGGGGGAGAAGGCGAGGACGGCCGUGGCGCCCGCGCGGCGGCAUCCCGCAAGGUGGCCUCCCUCUUCUCGCAGAAGGGCAAGAAGGGGCCCAACCAGGACGCCGUCAUACUCUGCCAGGGAUUCGGCAUGGAGGACGGCGUGUUCUGCGGCGUGUUCGACGGGCACGGCCGGUGCGGGCAGUUCAUCAGCAAGCUGGUGAGGGACUACCUCCCGUUCAUGAUCCUGAGCCACCGGAACGCGCUCCUCAUGGGCUCCGACGACGACGACGAUGAUCCGGCCUUCAGCGACGCGUCGGCGUCGGCGUCGGCGUCGUCCACGGACGGCAGCGGGCAGUCGUCGCCGGCGCCGGCGCAGCUGCUGGAGGAGUGGCGGGAGGCCUGCGCCAACGCGUUCGAGGCCAUGGACAAGGAGCUCAAGCUCCAGGCCAACGUGGACUGCAACUUCAGCGGCACCACCGCCGUGUGCGCCAUCAAGCAGGGGAAGGACCUCAUCGUCGCCAACCUCGGCGACUCCAGGGCCGUGCUGGCGACCAUGUCGGACACGGGCUACCUCAAGGCCGUGCAGCUCACCACCGACCAGAAGCCCAACGUGCCCCAGGAGGCUGAGCGUAUCAAGCGCUGCAACGGCCGCGUGUUCGCGCUCAAGGACGAGCCGUCGGUGCUGCGCGUGUGGCUUCCCGACGAGGACUGCCCGGGCCUCGCCAUGGCGCGCUCUCUGGGCGACUACCGCCUCAAGCGCCACGGCGUGGUGUCGGAGCCGGAGGUGACGCACCGCCGCGUCGCGCCGGGGGACCUGUUCAUCAUCCUGGCCACGGACGGCGUGUGGGACGUGCUCAGCAACGAGGAGGUCGUGUCCAUCGUCUGCGCCACGCCGCGGAAGCAGCACGCGUCCAAGGCCGUCGCCGAGGCCGCGGCGCAGCGCUGGCGGACCAGGUACCCGACGUCCCGCGUCGACGACUGCUCCGCCGUCUGCCUCUUCCUGCGGGACCAGGACUGGGCCAGCAGCGUCGCCGCGGCCAGGGCCAAGGCGGCCGCUAGCCGCUAGUGCUAGUGCUAGCCGGGGCGGACGGCGGACGAAGCUCGCUCCGACGAUAAGCCUGCGGACGGCGAUCCAUAACGGCAGCUAAUGUACUGGGAGUGUAAUUAAGUGCUGUAACAUAGUGUUAAUUAAGCUCUGAUGUUUUUGCGAGGAGAGAAAAAAGUCGUUUAAUUCUCAGUUUUGAGUUUUGACUCCUGAUCGGUGACCAGCUGACCUUGCAUGUUAUGGUGUCGGACGAAGCGAAUGGCUGGCAGGAACGCCGUUUGUACUCUGUGUGGCAUGUAAAUUGUUACCGGUUGAAGAAGAGUUACCAGUCCAAG